CUGCGACUUUUCUUCUUUACUUUCGAAUCGCACUGCACCGGAUUACGGAGGAGAGAGAGAGGGAGAGGAGCUGUAAAUCUGAAGGAAGAGAAGGAAGAGGGAGAAGGAGAAGGAGAAGGAGAGGGACUGUAAAUCUGAAGAAACCCAGAGAGAGAGAGAGAGACGGAGGGAGGGAGAGCAACGGUCGAAGCAUCUAAUGAUAUUAUUCGUCACGAGAAAAAGGACGAUGUAUCAGCUCUCAGUCCUCCUUUUCUUUGUCCGUUGCGAAGACAUUGGGUGAAGCUCGACAGAGGAAGAGAGAAAGGAGAAGAAUACUCGAACCUUAGCUUCCAAAUGCCUUUUCAAAUUUUCCCUUUUUGAAACCAUGGCAGACGAUCUCUGUUCCUUCAUCAAGGAAUCCUUUAUCAUAAAGGCUCCUAAGAAAUCUCCACUGCUGUUGAGGAUGAUUGUCUUACUGUUUGCAAUGAUCUGUGGCAUUUAUAUUUGCUCAAUUUGUCUAAGGCAGAUUGGCACGGGCACUAGGGCCGGAUUUCUAAAUGUUCAAGUAGUUGGAAAAUCAUGUACACCGCCUGAUGUUGAACCAUGGGAAAUUCCUCUUCUGCAUUACCCAACACCCAAAACUUAUAGCAGGGCUGAAUGUGUGUGCAACCCCGUGCGAUAUUUUACUAUCUUGUCGACACAGAGGUCUGGAAGUGGUUGGUUUGAGACACUGUUAAAUAGUCAUCUUAACAUAAGCUCGAAUGGAGAGAUUUUCUCCGUUAAAGUUAGGAGGAGUAAUAUUUCGUCAAUUACAGAGACUUUGGAUAAAGUUUAUAACCUAGACUGGUUUAGUAGUGCUUCCAAGAAUGAGUGCACAGCUGCAGUUGGCUUAAAAUGGAUGCUUAACCAGGGUUUACUGCAGCAUCAUGAAGAAAUAGUCAAUUACUUUAACAGCAGAGGCGUUUCAGCUAUUUUUCUUUUUAGGAGAAAUCUUUUACGUAGAAUGAUUUCUGUGCUUGCAAAUUCCUAUGACCGAGAUGCUAAACUGCUAAAUGGGACACACAAAUCUCAUGUGCAUUCACCUCAUGAGGCUGAGAUACUAGCAAAAUACAAGCCUUCUAUCAAUGCAUCAUUGCUGAUGCCCAGCCUGAAGCAGGUAGAGGAGACAACUGCCAAUGCUUUAGAAUACUUCAAGAGCACCCGUCACAUUAUCCUCUACUACGAGGAUAUAAUCAAAAACCGAACAAAACUGGUAGAUGUUCAAGAUUUUCUAAGGGUUCCACAGAGGGAUCUGAAGAGUAGACAGGUGAAGAUUCACAGAGGGCCCCUAUCAGAGCAGAUUCAAAAUUGGGAUGAUGUCCAAAAGGCACUCAAAGGAACUUCAUAUGAAAGAUUUCUUCAUGCUGAUUAUCAGUUGUAGAUAGCUGCAACUUGGAAUCUGGGAAACUGUAAAUAGAACCCUCUGUUACUUGGCUAACUUCGAUUUUUUUAUUCUUUCGUUAACAGGCGCCAAUGGGAUAUACUGUCCUGUUGAAUUUUGGCUGUGCCAUUUGCAUGUUGCUUCUGGUUUUCUGUUUCCUUUACCCAAUUAAUAUUCUUUUCUUUUCUUUUUUGUUGGAAGGGAGAUACUCCUGGUGUAUUUUAAAAAGAAAAUGCAGAUGCACCAAUUUUUGUCUCUCUUUCAGGCAUCCAAAAGCUUAGUUGCUUGGAUAGGUUUACUGCUGUCAAUACUCAUAAAUUAAAUGUGCUUUUAUUGCA